GGAACCUUUACAGAUUUUUCCUGAUUUUGUUCCCUUCAGCAUAGAGAAGUCAGAAGAAGACCUAUCAUCUUUAGGACCAGUUGGAUAUUUCCUCCACUUUGUAUUUUUUCAUGUGUUCUACAUGUUCUAAGAAAUGGAAUUUGCAGAAUUUAUUAAGACCCCUACAGUGGAGAAUGUCUGUAUGAAACUUACUUUUUCUAAAGCAGUUACUGGUACUCUUUGUAUCACAGGGCAUCAUGUAAUACUGUCCUCUAAAUCAGAAAAUCAUGAGGAGUUGUGGCUGCUACACAGUGCUAUAGACAGUACAGAGAAAAAAAUGACCCAGUCAAAUGGGAAAUAUAUACUGAUUCUGAAAUGUAAAGACUUGCAGAUGAUAGAGUUAGAAUUCAAUGGUGGUGAUGACUGUUUAGAUGUAGCAUCAUCAAUAGAGAAUCUGUCUCAUGUUGAUGAUAUUAGCCUGAAGUAUCCAUUUUUCUAUCGAGCUGGAUUUGAGCCAUUAGAGGACGGCUGGCAGACAUUUUUACCAGAGAAUGAAUACACUAGGUUUAAAGAUUGCUCUGAGGAAUGGAGACUUAGUUAUGUGAACAAAGAUUAUAAGAGUUCUGUUGUAGGUGGAGGUUAUGAACCCGAGGUAUGUUAUCCACAGUGGAGACGGAUACAUCAGUCUUUGGAUAGGAGACAAGCUUUCCAUGAUUCACUCAUCAAAUUGAUGGAAUUAUCCCUUGACAACACCAGUAGUAUGGACAAAUGGUUAUCAAAGUUAGAAUCCAGUAACUGGUUAUCACAUGUCAAAGAUAUACUAACGUGUGCUUGUACUGUAGCACAGUGUAUAGAUUCUGAAGGGGCUUCAGUAUUGGUCCAUGGAUCUGAGGGAUUUGAUACAACUUUACAGGUUACCUCCCUUGUACAACUUAUAUUGGACCAUGACUGUAGGACCAUUAAUGGAUUUGAAGCCUUAGUAGAGCGUGAAUGGUUACAAGGAGGACAUCCAUUUGCUGACCGCUGUUCCAAAUCAGCAUUUGCCAUCACUAAACAGAGAAGUGAAUCUCCUGUUUUUCUUCUCUUUUUAGAUUGUGUCUGGCAGAUAUGGCAACAGUUUCCUUGUUCAUUUGAGUUCAAUGAAGAGUUUCUAGUCCUGCUGUUUGAACACACCUACUCUUCACAAUUUGGUACAUUCCUGUGCAAUAAUGAGAAGGAAAGAAAAGAGUGUAAAUGGUCCUCAAGAACAGUCUCUUUAUGGACAUAUUUAGCAAGACCAGAAGUUUUACAGAAGUAUCUUAAUCCUAUGUAUGAUCCUAAUCCACGAGUUAUAUGGCCCUCUGUAGCUCCACAAAGUUUGGUGUUGUGGUCUGGGUUAUACCAGAGAUCUAUAAUUGACCAAUCAAAACAGAAGGAGGCUUGGCAGGAAGUCAGUAAAAUUAGAGAGUAUGACAAGGAAUUAAGGUCAAAGGUCACCAAACUAAGGAGACAACUUGCCUCAUUAGAAAGAGAAGCACUAGGAGUUGGACUGAUUCUUCCCUCAGAACUUGGUGUUGAUUGUAUACCAGAAUGAGGUCAAUAUUCAGGACAAACUUUGCUGGACUAGUUUAUGAU